UUUGAACACACAUAUAUGAAUUGUCACAUGGCUAAUAUGCAUAGUUCAUGCACCUCUAGCUGAAGGUAUGAAGAUGAAAGAUAGGUUUAACCAAACUGUUAGCACAUGUGUAAACUGUGUUUAGUACGGGAAUGAUGAACCUACAGUUUCGUCUUGCCGGUUUGUUUUGAUUCUUCACUCUUCUUAUAACCUUGACCGGCACAAACGAAUCAUAGUUAAUUCUAAUCAUCCAGAAUGUUGGUUUGCUCAGACUACUGGAGAAUCAGGAGGAAGUUUCAUGAUUGUAAAAACAGGUAUUGCCGCUAUUAUCGUUGAUGUUUUUGUCUGGUUAAUCCCUUUCGGUUGCGAAUUUCAAGGCAUGCUUUUCUCAGUUUUAACGGUCGUUGUUGCAUUUGUCUGGUGGUAUUGGUUAUCAAACAUUUGAUGCCACUGAAAGGUCAUAUUAAUUCCGUAUAAUUUACUAGUAAAGACGUUCACUUCAUUUUAUUUGACGAUCUUGAUUUAUAUAUUGUGAUUCCAGUCAUGUUAACACGUGUUAAAUUAUCGAAAUAGGACAAAUGAUCUGGAUUAGCAUGUUUUUGGCCUUUUUUCUCAGCAAGGUAAAGCCAGAGAACAAAAAUGAAACGGUAGGUUGGCGAAUGGCGUACGUUGGAGAAUUCCCUUUCGUUGUUGCCAUCGGGGGUAGCAAGAUGUGCGCCGGCUCACUGAUGACGUUGCAGAGCGUAAUCACUGCAGGCCAUUGCAUCUACUAUGACACGGAACACGAACGAUCGAGAGCUCUGAAAUACAUAUACAUCAUCGGAGGAGUGGUGAAAAUCGAAGCGAGGAAGAUGUUACCGGGCAGACAAGAAAGACAUCCUUCGAGCUUAAAAGUACACGAGAAAUACGAAAGGCGAACGUUGACCAGUCGAAUGAACCUGUUCGACAUAGGUGUGAUGUAUCUUUCGAAGCCGUUCAAGGAGACCGAAGUCGUCAGACCGAUGCGACUCAUAAGCACCAGCAUGAAAGAGUUCAAACGAGGAUAUCAGAGAGUGAUCGACCGCCAGGAGAAAUGCCACGGGGUCGGAUGGCACUGGAACCUCAGCAAUUCCGAGAGGAAAUUGAUAGUUAUUGAACUGAUUCCCAAGUCGAACACUUUCUGCUCUAAAUUUAAAAAAUCCAAGGAUGAGGACCAGAGCUCCCACGGGGAAGUGUGCCUAAUGCCAGCGAAUCCGCACAAGUCAAACUGCCACUGCGACACCGGCGGCCCUCUCGUCUGCAAAGGCUUGACCUACGGCGUCCUCAGCACCGGUUUCGAAUGCUCUGACACAACUAAACCAGUCUAUUAUUUUCUAUUUUGGUCUUAUAUGGAGUAUUAUGGAAUAGGCAGUUCCCCUCCGAGAUUGUUCCAUUCAGAUCUAGCAUGGAAAUGCGCAAUGAUCAUCUUUAUCAUGCGUCCACCUUUCGUGACACUCUCAUGGUAAAACAAAGGGGAAAAACAUGAUUCCUGUAGGGAAUUUUUUUAACGAUAUAUUUAUUAUUCCUUGA